AUAUCAAAAAUCUGGAGUCAGAGGUAUUUGCAAGACAAGAAAUGAUCAACAACAUAACAAAACAGUUGGGUGACGCGAAUACGAAGAAUGAAAAGCUUCAUGGAAAGGUUCUACAAGGCUCUGACCUUUUAACACAGCUUCGCAAUAAACUUGAGGAACUACAGAAAGAGAUAAAUAAAAAUCGUUUUGAAAAUUUUUUUCACGAGGAAGCCAUGGCCAGGUCCAAGGUACAGGAACAAUACUUUGGAGGUAUGCAGGAUAUUAUUUUGCUGCUCAGUGGGGAGAAUGGCGCCUUAUUGACACGAUACUUUAAUGAAAUCUGUCGAUUAGAUAACGUUACCCGGGUAUUGGAUGCUGAAAAGGUCGCCGCAAGGCAAAAAUCAGAUAAAAUGAAGGUUAAUCUUGAAGAAGAACUCCAGGGGCUGAGAGAGCGUGAAAUAAAACAAACUCAUGCAAUCGAAACAAGAAAUGUUGAGAUUGCAGCACUUCAAGAAAAGGUAGGAAAGCAUGAGGAAAGCCUCAUAUUGUUGAGGAGUGAAGUUGAGGCACAGCGCAAGCGGUGUGAAGAAUUUAAAAAUAUGAACAAGUUGCUAUCCGAUAAGAUUUUUGACGCGGAGAAUCUUCUACAAGAAAUGUCAACUGCCUCCGAGAAGCAGAUUUAUUUUUCACACUCUGUCACAAGACAGCUUGAUGACACCGCAGGGUUACUGAUGUUUUUUUCUGAGCAUUAUGUGAAUUGGAUAUUUAAAAAAGUGGAUAUUGUUGUCAUGGAAUUUGAUAAGGCUUGUGCUAAAGAAAACGAGAGGGUUUUAGAUGCCCUGAAUCAUUUAAGGAAAGUACAGGAAGAAACCAAGGAAAGAUAUACAAAUCUUCACAUGAAGUUAAACGAUGCAGAGUUUCGUCUGGGAGAAAGAGAGAAGGCUUCCGUUGAGAAAUUUGAGAACUUUUUAUCCGAAAUCCGUCUUAUUGAAAAACAAAGAGACGUUGCAGAGAAAAUGAAGAAGGAUUUAUUGCGGAAAUUGGAUUCUGUGAACGAUCAACGCCUUGCUGAGAUAAAUAAAAAAGAUGAACAGAUACAUGAACUUCUUUUGAAUUUGGAUGCCGAAAAGCACAAAAUUCAAACUGUUGAAACAAAGUUUCAGAAGCUCCAGAAAAAAUUUGAUCACGAAGUUGAACGAAAGAAGGAGUAUAAACGGGCCUUGGAAGAGGUGAAGGCGAAGCGUGAGGAGGCAGAGAGAUAUCGAGCAACUGAAAAGGAUUGGGCAAUGAAAGCUAUUCACCGCGCAAAUGAGGAGGUGAACUAUUGGGUAAGAAGCUUUGAGAAGCUGAAAUCUAUGUUGGACGAAAUAUCCAGGAGAUCAGGUACACAAGUCUCUGCUGUUGAUCAAGCGAUGAUUAAUAGCUUUGAGGAGGCAAAGAAAAGAAUUGUACUACGCGAUCAAGUGGUUAACAUCGUUUCUUCCGAGGAAGAAAUUCACAAGGGGAAACGCAGCAGAAUAGAAUAG